GGCCCGGCGUCGCCGGGCGCUGCGAGCGCCCCGCCGGGUGGCCAAGGUAAGGAGGGGAAGAUGGCGGAGUGAGAGGAAGAGGCGGAGAGACCGGGGCCGGCCUCGGCCCGGCCUCGGCCCGGCGGCCUUGGCCGCGCUCAGGCUCGCUGAGAGAAUGUGGAUUGAAAAAAAUGCUCUCCAGGUCUCUUUUUUCCCCUUCUUCAUAACAAGGAUAAGACUUUCCCAACAGUAUGAACACGGAUGGCCAAGCUCAUGAUCAGCUGAAAUAUUUGAGUGCCUCAGAGAGAAAGCGACGGUGAUGUGUGCUGUAUUUCAGUUUUCACGAUCUACUCGCUACUUCUAGCAUAGGAAUUGAAAACUGUCACCACAAGAUUAUUUCUGAACUUGAUCAACUGAAGUGUUAAGGCUGUGAGAGGUGGAUGUUUCUCUUCUAGCAAGCAGAACCCUGUCCUUCACUUCCAUGGAGCUGAACGAACGAAGAUCUCUCCACUUGCUGUUUCAACCAUCUCACCCAACAUUUGAUUCCCCAGAUGACUUCUCCCACAGAAGUACACCACCAUUUUAUCAAAACUCAAAAGCAGAGUAACAGAAAUCACCAUUUGUUUCCCUGAAGAAACAUCUUCUGUGCCAGCUCUUCAUCCAGCUUUCGGCAUUCUGUUCUGAAAUGAGAAAUACUUGGUAAUCAGAUUCAAGUGGAAGCUGGUGUUCUGCACUGACAUCUCCUCCUUCAUUUUAGGAAGGUUAAGUACUUCACUGUGUCAUAUUGGAAUUCCUAGCAGAUGAAGAGUCUGCAUGCAUUGCCAUGACAAACUGUCUUGAAAAUCGGCAGCAGGAAGACCAGAACAUAUUUUCUGCUCUGACAUGAGGAAGAAACUUCCCGAACAACUGGGGACAUCCCAUACAGGCAGACAAAUUGUUGAAAGCUCUGAAGCAACAUUUUCAUGGUACAAACCAAGGAAAUGAAAAUAUGGACUCUGAAAAAAGUGCAUCAUCUUCCACCGAAUCAAAUGAAAUGAGGAGUCAGGAGGAAAUUAUGCCUCCUUCAAUGUCAUUUGUUACAAAAAGAUGUGGUAAAGAAAAGAAAAUAGUGAGAAAAAAGAGUAACUCCAAAGAGGAAACUAAUACCAGUGAUGAAGGCCUUUCUGAUGAGAAAGAGGAGCAUUCUGAUAUGAAAGAAAAUGAAGUGCCUCAGGGUGAGCAUGGAAAGGGACAGAAGGUAUUCCAAAAUGAGGAAUUCCAAAAUGAGGAACAAGUAACUAAACAGAGAGCUAUUGAAAGUCCAGGGAUGGCUGCUGGUCAGAGUGAACAACCAAAGGCAGCUUCUGCUAAAAGUGGCAGAGAUGAAUGUGAUGCUCAUCAUGCAGGAGGGAAGAUCCCUGUACCUGUAGGCCGUGCAUCUAGGUCUAGGAAAACAGCAAUGAAAGCUACUACACCAAACUUUAAAAAGUUGCAUGAGGCUCACUUCAACAAAAUGGAAUCUAUUGCUGAAUACAUUGAGAGGAAAAAAAGAAUGAUUGAAAACUGUAGCAGUUCUCUCAAUGAAGUCAAGGUGCUGGCCAAAAAAUCAAAUCACUUAAGAGGGUCAGAAAAAGGUACUCCACGUAAUAAUUCUAAGAAACAAUCCAGUGCCAAAACACUUUUAUUCAGCCCAAAUCUGGAAAGAGGUAUAUUCUCUGCCACCUGCACUCCUAGCAACCCCAGGCGCUCACCACGCAAUUCUCUGAACACUGCCAGUCGGAAUAUUUUAUCUAGGAAAUCUUCAUUUAAUCCUUCUGUCAUUUCAACAACCAAAAUGAAUGUCAGGUUCUCAGAAGCCACAAAAGAUAAUGAGCAUAAACGUUCUCUUACUAAGACUCCAUCUAGAAUGUCUCCAUACUUGGAGGAGAUCACACCUAAUAGCCAAAAGAGCUGUAAACCAAUAAGUCAGAAAAACAGCAAGGGAAAUACAAGAAAUAACGAUCCGACUGCACCGAAGGUUAUGACCCCCUUCAAGUUUGCAGCUCACUCUGCAGAGCCCACAAGUGCAAAGAAGACAUUUGAUCUCAAAGCAAGUCUCUCGAGGCCACUUCGGUAUCAGCCACACAAAGGACCACUAAAACCUUGGGGAGAAUCUAAAGAAAAUACUGUCCUCAAUAAGUCUGCUGGUAGCAACAUCUCUUCACGUAAGAAAGAUUACAAACAGCCACAUCUCCAGACAAGGGAAGAAAGGCGUGAGAAACAUGAGCAAGAGAGGAAAAAGAAAAAGGAUCGGGUUCUUGGAAACCGCAGAGGACUAUCUGUGGGUUAGGAGGAACAAGAAAUACCUAAGGAAUCACUGUAAAUAUUGUUCAUGUCAUGUAAAUAUUUGUGCUGUCUGUGUAUGGUUCAGUUUGCUGUUAGGUAGUGGAAUCCAGAGAGCAUUGAAUGCAACCCUAUCUGAGUGUAGUGUUUUAGUGAUUAGCUUCUCCAACAAGAUAGGGGUCUUAAACUUUUAGGAGCUUAGAACUAUCUCUAUUUGCUUAAUAUUUAACUGAUUUCACUAAAAUAUGUUAAAUGAGAAAAUGUAAAUGAAAAAAAAAAGAUGCUCAAGAAGCCUCCUUGCAACUUAGGACAGACUUCUCCACCAGAAUGCAUUUGUUACCCACUAGAAUGCAUGCUUUGGACAGCAAGCUUCAAAAACCUUCUGGUAAAUUCCAGGAGCUGGGGAUGUCUGCUUGCCUUGUUCUCCAGUCCUUAAAUUCUUUUACAGCUGUUACAGCAAUUAGGCAGCAUUUCUAAUUGCAUGUCUAUGAAGCUGUAGGGAAUUUACAGAAGAAAAAAUAUGCAAGCUCUCUGGAAAACUAAAAGCUUACAGCAUAAUUGUAAAAUACUAUAUUUUUAAAAAGUUACCACUGAAAAAGUGGCUUUACCAAUUAGCAACUGGAUGCUUUGAACAGUUAAGGUUGGUUUGGUUUUUUUAUGGUAAAUACCAGAUGUUAACAGAAUUAUUCUACUUUUCAGCUCGGCUUAAAAGAGGUUACAGUAGAGUUUAAGCACAUUUGAUAUCUUAUAUUUAAAAUCUGUUGUUGUUAGUUUUUAAAAAAUAAAAGCUGUCUGAAUUUGACUGAUGAAACUGGAAAGGUAAUUUAGCAGUUGUAACCUCAGCUAGAAUUGUGAGCAAAUAAUUAUUUCAGUGAAUUUAGUGUCCUGUCAAAUAUGAUGAAAUGUCAAGAACAAGCAAUUUUUUAAAUAUAAACUUAAUGAAAGGAGAAUAAAUAUUUUGUAUAUAUCUUGUUUAUCACUGGCUCUGUCAUUGGAUGUACAAGGUAUAUGUAACUUCUUGGAAGUGUGAACAAAACUAGUGCUAUGCUA